CCAUGUUCGCGCACUGCGCCGCCAGUCCAGUCGAGUGGCCAAGAAAGGACCUUAACGGCCCUAAGGAGCUCUAGGCUGCAUGACUCCUACUCUGACCAACCCCCCUAGCCUUCAUACUGCACAACACCAAGCAAUAUCGUUUAAUCGAUGGUGACAUCGACCGCAGGGACACUACCCUUGAAUGUAGAGUAUAGCUGUUUGGUCUGGCGUUGUUGAGCUCGAGAUAUUUAAUAUAUACAUCCCCCCAGUUACAUGUUGCCCAACAGGAUACCACCCGAACAUAGGUGCGCUGCUUCGUGGUGAAAACCGUUUUGUGCUAGGUGACUAACGCGCACCACGAUAUUUGGCACUCCUGCCUGUCAAACGAUCGUAGGGGAUGGAUUUGACGGAACAGAUUGACGAUUCGACAUUCUGCACAAUGAAUGACGAGGCCCCCACCAGAAUUAUGGGCACCUGUAAUAGCUCGCCCGAUAUUAUCAUCGCAAGCGGUGGUCUGAUAAAUAGCAUAACCAGGCGACCUAUGCCAACUCUCGCAUCAGACCAUCUGCCCAUAAUUAUCUCGAUCGAGAAACCUCCCGACUUUAUUUCUAUGGACAACCGCUCCUUCAUUAACUUUAACAAAGCUAACUGGGUCGGCUUCACAGAAUUUACUGAGAGCACCUUCAACGCACUACCCAUUCCUACGGACGUCAUCGUUAGCGAGCGUCAAUUCCGCAAGGUGAUCGUUGCUGCUACUGCUCGCUUCAUACCGGUUGGACGAAUGGCAGAACUCCGCAAUAAUUUCCAAGCCGAAGCAGCUGUAUUAGCAAACGAGCGUGAUACCUUACGCCAUGCUAAUUCCUGUGAUCCCCGAAUAAGGGAUCUCAGUUUGGAGAUUUGGCAAAUGGUAAAUCAACAUAAGCGGACAAAAUGGAUAGAGCACCUGAAGUCCUGCAAUCUCUCCACCGGUGUAAGUAAGCUUUGGACUACUGUCAAGACUUUGUCUAAUUCGAAGAGACAUGACGACCGGGUUGAAUUUCAAUUCGAUGGCCAUGCCUCCUGUGAACGUCGUAAACGCCAUGUUCAUGGCCUAAACAUAAAGCCACCCUGCAAGUGGACGAUCCUCCAAGCGUUGGACUUGUCAAAAGCUUUUGACACAGUCAACCUCAAUGACCUACUUGAGGACAUAGAACAAUCCACGCUCCCUCCAGGGCUGAAGCGGUGUACUAUGAACUACCUGAGCGGUCGGCACUCAUCCGUAUUAUCAGGCAAUGGAAUCGAUGGCAUGUGCUCGAAAGUAAACAGCUAUCUCUCUGACCUUUUUCGCUUCUUCUCUGCAAGGGGUCUGACACUCUCCCCCACUAAAUCCACAGCGACCAUCUUCACAAAUUGGACGAAGGAGUACAGACUGGACCUGAACAUUUUAGUCGAUGCCACAAAAAUUCCGACAGUUAAUAACCUUAAAAUUUUAGGAAAAGACAAACGAAAACGCAACAUACAAGGCGAUCGGCCGGCCGGCCCUAAACUAUGCAUCACCAAUACGGUCGCCUGGAUGUUGUGAAACGCAGACGAAGAAGCUUCAGACUUGUCAGAACACUGCACUCCGGAUUAUCACGGGAUGCCUCUUCGUGUCCCCAAUAGAACACCUGCACAGUGAGGCCCUUAUGCUUCCGGUUAAGGAACAUAACGAGCUGCUCUCCAAGCAGUUUCUGCUGGGGUGUUUUCGUAGAAGAAGCUGGAUCGCUCUCCAGCCUCCACAAGAAUGGUAGGACCAGAGCCUUUCGUCGCGGUUGGUCCGCACACCAUUAAGGAGCUACUCCGUAGUGAGGAAAGAGCAGCCAGGGAGAGACAUUGGCAACAACUCCAAGGCAUCCACCAUGCCAGGUUGUUAAUGAGGGGUAACGACCUCAGAAGGUUUAAAAAUGUAAUCAAUCUUCUAAGGAACAAGUUCCGGCUACUUUCGGUUCUACACUGGCCAUUGCAGGUCCAUGAAGCAUCUUUACAACAUUGGAUUGGCCUCUUGUGCAAACUGCCGGUCCUGCGACAUGGAACCAGAAACCCCAGAACACCUGCAAGUAGACUGCAGAAUUAAGGCCCUUGGAUCCAUGUUUCCUAAUAGGGGUCACAUCACCUCACGAGCACCUAGCAGUAUAUUGCACUCCAUCGAUGUGCUGGGGCUAGGUGAGUCGCUGUGACUUAAGGAAAGGCAUAAUAGACCAUAGGUCGCGGUGCAUAUUUCAAUCUAUUUAUAUAUCUAUGUACCCGCAGAACGUCCAACCACGGCACGAAAAGACUUGAAAAUGUGCACAGUUAUUCUUUUAUUCCUGCAGAAGGUCCUAACGGAAGCCUUUUGUUUUUUUUGCAAAAUCACCGUCGAUUUUGCAAUCUAUAAUACAUAGCCUGAAAAGUCCCGCGUCUAACAAAGAAAACACGUUUUUGUGUUUUGUUAAAAAUUGGCUUUAUUCAUAUUCAAUAUAAUCUCCAUCAAGAGCAACACAAUCACUCCAGCGCCGGUCUAACAUUGUUAUACCACUUUUGUAAAACGAUUUGUCUUUUGCAUGAAAAUAGGCUUUCAAUCUUCAUUAAAGCAAAAUUUCUUACCGGCGAGUUUUUUAUUUUAUAGAAUAAUAGAAGAUUUAAUAAGGAUUUCAAUAGGACGGACAGACUGUCAUCCGGAUUUGAACUCCCCCGUAAUCCUGAUCGUUUGUAUACAUAACUCCAUACCUUUCUCGAUUGGUUUUGGGUGAUACAAAUAACCGUUAGGUGUACAAUACUUAUACUAUGUAGCAACAUGUUGAGAGUAUAAAAAGGAGCGUAGCAGGGCACACCGGGUACAGCUAAUAACAUUUUAUAAUAAUAUUCAAAUAAAACAACUAUAUCAAAGAAUACAACUCAUUAUAAAAUAUCCCGAUUUUAUUAGGCACGUUUUACAUACAAAUAUUUAACA